AUCCCAUUACUCCAAACGCCAAAGUUGACCAAGAAACCGUUCAAACCACUUUCUUCUUAUCUCCCUCCAAAAUCACCACCGCCGCCGCCGCCGUCGCCGUCGCCGUCGCCGCCCACAAAUGAGUGAACCGCACCUCUCCUAUGCUGGAAACCAGUUAGCCCUCUUAAUCCUGCUCCUCUCCUCCGUACCCUUUUUGGUAAAUUCGCAAUUCUCCCCCGCCGAAAGAGCCACAUUGUUAAGCCUCAAACAAGAAUGGGGUAACCCCCCCGUUCUUGAUUCCUGGAACGCCACGUCGUCGCCCUGCCACUGGCCGGAAAUUCAGUGCUCUGCCGACGGCUUUGUCACUGGAAUACUCCUCAAGAACUACAACCUUAAUGGAAGCAUCCCAGAUUCCAUUUCGACCCUCGAGAAUUUAACAGUUCUUGAUCUUGCCUUCAAUUUGUUCGCCGGAAAUUUCCCUAUCGCCGUUUUGAACUGCUCAAAACUUCAGUACUUAGACCUCUCGCAAAACUUGUUUGUGGGGAAUAUUCCGGCGGGGAUUGACCGGCUGAAAUCACUUCAAUACCUUGACCUCGGUGCGAACAACUUCACCGGCGAUGUUCCUCCGGCGAUCGGGAACUUGACUCAGCUUCGGACUCUAUAUCUCUACAUGAAUUUGUUCAACGGGAGUUACCCCAUGGAGAUUUCGAAUUUGGUGAAUCUUGAAAUUCUGGGGUUGGCGUACAAUGACUUCUCACCGGCGGUUUAACCGCCGGAGUUCGGAAAGUUGAGAAGCAUCAAGUUCAUUUGGAUGACGGAGGCGAAUUUGGUGGGUGAAAUACCUCAGAAUUUAACGAAUUUGUUGAGUCUUGAGCAUUUGGAUUUAUCUAGCAAUGAUAUGGAAGGUGAAAUUCCCGGUGGGUUGUUCUUGUUGAAGAAUUUGAGUAGGGUUUAUCUGUACAAGAACCGAUUUUCGGGUUCGAUUCCUCAGGUGAUAGAGUCGCUAAAUAUGGUUGAAAUUGAUCUUGCUAUGAAUAGCUUGACUGGUAGAAUUCCAGAAGAUAUCGGAAAGUUGGAAAAAUUGGAGCUGCUGAAUCUGUUUGCAAACAAGUUGUAUGGAGAAGUCCCACCAAGCAUAGGCCUAAUCCCAAGCUUAAAGAAUUUUCGGGUUUUCAAGAAUAGUCUGAAUGGAACAUUGCCACCUGAAAUGGGCAAUCACUCAAAGCUUGAAGCCUUUGAAGUUUCCGAUAAUCAUUUCACCGGAAACUUGCCGGAUAAUCUGUGUUCUGGAGGGACUCUGUUUGGUGUGGUUGCUUUCAACAACAAUUUAACUGGAGAGAUUCCAAAAUCACUUGGAAAUUGUCAGUCGUUACGAACGGUGCAGCUCUAUGGCAAUAACUUAUCUGGUGAGAUACCAUUAGGCCUGUGGUCUGCAUUAAACAUGACUAGUUUGAUGCUGAGUGAUAACUCAUUUUCGGGCGAGCUUCCUAGUCGGGUAGCAUGGAAUUUGACUCGCUUGGAGAUCAACAACAACAAGUUUUCAGGUAGUAUUCCUUCGGAGGUAUCGUCUUGGGCUAGUUUGGUUGUGUUUGAGGCAAGUAAUAACAUAUUUUCAGGGCCAAUCCCACAAAGAUUGACCGGCCUUCAUCAGCUUAUCACUCUGAUACUUGAUGGAAAUUCUCUUUCUGGUGAGCUUCCAUCUGAGAUAAUCUCAUGGAAAUCUCUAACUACUUUGAAUCUUGCUAGGAAUAAGUUAUCAGGUCCAAUCCCACCGGCGUUGGGUUCCCUGCCGGACCUUCUUGAUUUGGAUUUAUCACAGAAUCAGCUUUCAGGUGAAAUCCCACCUCAGUUGGGUAAGCUGAAGCUCACUUCUCUUAACCUUUCAUCAAAUCAACUCACAGGAAGAAUCCCAGCUGAGUUUGAUAACAUGGCUUAUGGAAGCAGUUUCUUGCACAAUAGUCUUUGUGCCACCACAAUCCCCAAUCUAACCAAUUGUUAUGCCAAAUACCGUCACACCAAGAAACUAUCACCAAGAAUUCUUGCUGUGGUUCUAGUCCUGGCGGUGAUUCUUUUCCUAAUCGCCGUUUUGAUGACAUGGUUCUUGAUUAGAGACUACAGAAGAAAGAAGCUUUCUCGGGAUCUAGCAACAUGGAAACUGACCUCAUUCCAGAGGUUGGAUUUCACCGAGGUUAAUAUCCUGUCUAGUUUGGCAGAAAGUAACAUGAUUGGCAGUGGUGGCUCGGGGAAGGUGUAUAAAAUUGCUGUGGAUCGUGCAGGCCAAUAUGUUGCCGUUAAGAGGAUCUGGAAUGACAAGAAAGUGGAUCGUUUGUUGGAGAAAGAAUUUCUGGCUGAGAUUCAAAUCCUUGGUUCUGUUCGCCAUGCCAAUAUAGUGAAGCUAUUGUGUUGCAUUUCGAGUGACGACUCUAAGCUCCUUGUCUAUGAGUACAUGGAGAAUCAAAGUCUUGAUAGAUGGCUACAUGGGAAGAAAAGAAAAGCUUUAUCGCUCAAUAGUUCUGUUCGCGACAUUGUCUUGGACUGGCCGACUAGAUUAAGAAUUGCUGUUGGAGCUGCACAAGGGCUUUGUUACAUGCACCACGACUGCACCCCACCAAUUAUCCAUCGAGAUGUGAAAUCCAGCAACAUCCUUUUGGAUUCUGAUUUCGAGCCCAAAAUUGCUGAUUUUGGCUUAGCCAAGAUUUUGAUCAAGAAAAACGAGCCUAACACGAUGUCUGCUGUUGCCGGUUCCUUUGGCUAUAUCGCCCCUGAGUAUGCUUACACGACGAAAGUGAAUGAGAAGAUUGAUGUUUAUAGCUUCGGGGUUGUGCUGCUGGAAUUGGUGACCGGACGAGAACCCAACUGCGGGGACGAGCAUACGAGCCUUGCGGAGUGGGCGUGGAAGCAUUACGGUGGAGAAAAGCCUAUUGCAGACGUUCUAGAUGAGGAGAUGAAAGAAGCAUGUUAUUUGGAAGAAAUGGUAAAUGUUUUCAAGCUGGGGCUCAUGUGCACCAGCCCAUUGCCUACGAGUCGGCCGUCCAUGAGGGAGGUUUCGCAGAUUCUUCAACGGUGCAGAUCUCUUGAUGGGUACGAGGGGAAGAAGAUGGGGAAGGAGUAUGAUGUCGCCCCCCUUCUUGGCGAUGAUAAGUAUAUUUCAAGUUACCGGUGUAAUUCUAAGAAGCUGUUGGAUAUAAGUGGUAACAGUUUGGUUAGCCUUGUGUAACAUUAGGAGUGCCAAAUGGGUUGGUCCUACAAAAUCCCUAACAUGGGUCCCUUACUCGAUGAAUGGUCGUGAUAUCUCGAGAGCAGCGAGAGUUUGGGAUCGUGGACGAAGUAUUUUAGUGGGAGAUGUAAUGUUAUCUCUAAUUUUUGUGUACUUCUUGAUGUAAUAAUGUUUGGUUUGAGUAGUUAAAAGUAGCUGCAGGAAAUGACAUAUAUAAUGUAGUGAGUGUAGGAAAUAGUGUACAAGUAAAUGCAGUUAUGUAAAGAAGGGCUUUGUUUUGAUCUACUUUACAUAUAUUUCUAUGCC